CAGAUUUCUGGAAAUGAGACAUCGUAAGACUACAGCACAGAGGGUAACGACCCAAAAGUGACAAUUAGAAACGGUGAGGAGUCUUCUGGAACCCAGACAGAGAAGAGGCUCCGCCUACUUUCAGCACUCUCGCACGGAGCUCUCCAACGGUACUAGGUGCUGAAGGCUGUGUUUCGUUGCCCGGUGUUCUAUGGAGUGUAUUCUCAUGAUCAUAAAGGUAGAGCAACAUGGAGACAUACAUAAUUUAGAAGAUAACCGAAAGGACAGGCGUGAGCUUGUCUCACAAGUAUGUAAUAACUAUUAGGAGGAAUUUUGCGACCUGAAGACAUCACAGCAUUGUAUUUACGGCGGGCAUAGUCUGACCAGUGAAUAUGGCGAAGAUCUGCACUAAAAAGUCCUACCCAACCAAUCAGAGGUUUCCAGUUGCCAACUCUGACGAUGAAUCAGGCAAUAGUCGCAGCAGAGCACACUCGGCCUGUGAGGACAUGUCCUCGGCAGUACAAGAUGCCACCUCCACUGCAACAAGCAGACUCCCUGGGUCACGCCGGAGUUCAUUCACAGGCACAGGAGCCAUGGCCAGGCUCUCUCACUUCCUGCUCUUGCUACGGAACUGGGCAGCUCGCAGGCUUCGCGGUGAGGAAGAGCGGCCCGACUCCUUCCUGGAGCGCUUCCGCGGCCCCGAGCUUAAGGACCUGACCAGCCGCGGCAGUAACGCCCAGUCCUCCCUGGGUCAGUCAGAUGGACCCAGGAAGAGGAAUAAUCCCGAGCAUUGGCCCCUGGCCACUUACAACAUGAACAACUGCAACAACACAGACGACAAAAAAGAUGACAAAAAGGACGAGAUAAAGAAAGAUGAGAAAAAAGAGGAUGAGAAAAAAGACGGGGACAAGAAGGAGGAGGAGAAAAAAGAUGAGAAGAAAGAUGACAAAAAGGAGGAGAAAAAAGAUGAGAAGAAAGAUGACAAAAAGGAUGAUAAAAAGGCAGAGGAGCCAAAGAAGGAAAUCUGGAUCAUGGAUCCAGCAACAGACCUAUACUACAGGUGGCUCACAGUCAUUGCCUUGCCAGUGUUUUACAAUCUUAUUAUGCUUGUUACAAGGUCUGCAUUUGAUGAACUCCAGGAGAACUACACCAUUCUUUGGAUUGUAUUGGAUUACACUUCAGAUCUGAUCUACUACGUUGAUUGGUUUGUCAAAGCGAGAACAGCAUUUCUGGAACAAGGACUUCUUGUAAAAGACUCCAAGAAAUUGCGAGACAAUUAUAUAGCAAAACCUAUAUUCAAGUAUGACAUGCUGGCAAUGUUUCCAACUGAUUUCCUGUUUUUCAAGUACGGAUACAACAACCCUAUGUUUAGAUUUAACCGGCUGUUCAAAAUGUCUCGGCUCCUUGAGUUUUUCGAGCGCACCGAAACUAGAACAAGUUUUCCCAAUGUGUUCCGAAUCAGCAACCUUGUGCUCUACAUCCUGAUCAUCAUCCACUGGAACGGUUGCCUGUUCUUCUCCAUCUCGAAAUCCAUUGGCUUUGGCACAGACACCUGGGUGUAUCCCAACGCCAGCCAUCCCGAGUACGGUCGCCUGGCCCGGAAGUAUAUCUACUGCCUCUACUGGUCCACCCUCACGCUCACCUGUAUCGGAGAGGUCCCGCCGCCCGUCUCCGACUUUGAGUAUCUUUUCGUUGUGGGUGACUUCCUCGUGGGUGUGCUGAUUUUCGCCUCCAUCGUCGGUAACGUCGGUGCCAUGGUGUUGAACAUGAAUGCCUCCCGAACAGACUUCCAGACUAAGGUGGAUUCCAUCAAGCAGUACAUGUCGUCCCGUCAGGUCUCCAAGGAUCUGGAGGCAAGGGUCAUCAAGUGGUUUGACUACCUCUGGACAGAGAACAAGACCUGCGAUGAGAAAGCUGUGCUCAAGCACCUCCCGGACAAGCUGAAGGCGGAGAUCGCCGUCAACGUCCACUUGGACACGGUGAAGAAGGUGCGCAUCUUCCAGGACUGUGAGGCAGCGCUGCUGAUCGAACUGGUGCUCAAGCUCCAGCCGCAGGUGUUCAGCCCUGGGGACUACAUCUGCAAGAAGGGCGACAUUGGGAGAGAGAUGUACAUCAUCCAGGACGGGAAGCUGGCCGUGGUGGCGGACGAUGGCAUCACGCAGUUUGUGGUGCUCGGAGAGGGCGCCUACUUUGGGGAGAUCAGCAUCCUGGGAAUCAAAGGCAGUAAGGCAGGCAACAGGAGAACAGCCAACAUCCGGAGUGUGGGCUACUCCGACCUCUUCGCCCUCUCUAAAGAUGACCUGAUGGAGUCUCUCACUGAGUACCCGGAAGCCAAGAAGGCCCUGGAGGAGAAGGGGAAAGCGAUCCUGAUGAAGGAUAACCUGAUCGACGAGGCCAUUGCCAACGCAGGAGCAGACCCGAUGAUCCUUUACGACAAGAUUAUGAAUCUGCAGCAAAACGUUGACAAAACCACAACCUUGUUUGCCCGAAUGAUGGCUGAACAGGUGUCCACCCAGACCAAGCUUAAGGAUCGGAUCAAAACAAUGGAGGCGCAGGUGAAGUCUCUGAGUAAGGAGGAGGAGGUGGUCGAGGAUAAAAAGGAGGAACCACCAAAAAAAUAACUAACUGAAUGUACCACAAUACUGUCACAACAGAGACACCUUGUUUUGUAUUUCUAAGUACUGUAUAUUGACCUAUAGUGUUGCUAUACAACAGUUUGUGCUCAUGUCCUUUUCUGCAUUAUGUGCACUUGGUAACUGAGCUUUACUCAACCAUUUACUUGUUAUGUGGAUGAGUCUAUUAUGCAGUAAGUCUGAUAUUGAAUGCUGGAUGCCCUUGCAUCAUAAGUCAGCCUCUCCUUUAGGCUGAUCCUGGGGAGUGCUGGAAUAAAUUGCAUUGUUUGGGAAACAUUGAAGGAUUUUCUUGUAGGACCGCUGUAAACUUUUACAGACUGCAGCAGUUUCUGAGAUGUCAGACAAUCUUCUGCUGACAUUUGAGUGUGAAACCAUAUGCUCAAAAUGUUAUAGGAACUACAUCAGAACUGCAUGCUGUCACCACACAAUUGCCACAAUGUUGUACAUGGUUUGUAUUAUGGAAGAGUUGAUUCCAUGCAUACACUCUUGGACCAAGAAUUUUGUCCGGUCUUUUAUAAUGUUAAUAAUCACAAUCUAAUAGUGACUUUAAUUGUCCUCCAAAUAUUAGAGAUGUCUAAAUA